UAAUUAAUAAACUAUUUAUUUUGCACUUGCUAGAGUACAGAUUUUGUUAAUGACUAAUAUAUAGAGCAUCAUAUAUGAAAAUGAAGUAAAUAUAAUUAAUUAAUUUGACCAAAACAUAUAAAAAAAAACAAUUGACCACAUCAAUUUACUAUAGACUACUAUAAUCAUCAUCAUCAUCAUCAUCAUCAUCUACCUUUUCACAAUUCAUUGCCAAACAUAAUAUUAAUCCGAAAUAUAUAUGUAUGGAUUCCAUUACGGCAUCUUCCCCAUCUUCAAGCUCAUCAUCAUCAUCAUCAAGCUUCAUCAAUGAAACCGCUUACAUAAUAAUAUUCUCCUUAGGCCUUACCUUAGUUAUUUUAACCAUAGCCAUCGCUUUUUCCUACUUUUGUAGAGGCGAGGUUUGGUCUCCCACCACUGACCUCCAACACCAAAGAGCUUCCCCGAUCGCCGCCACCUCCCCAAGCAACCCGUCUCAGGCGGUUAUGACCGGUAAUAUUAAAGAAGGCUUAGAUGAAGGUCUUCUUUCUACUUAUCCAAAGCUUAAAUAUUCUCAAGUGUUGAAGCAACAAGGAUUAAUAAACUUAAGCGCGGGUUCAUCAUCAUCAUCAGGAGGAGGGUGUUGCUGCUCAAUAUGUUUGGUUGAUUAUAAGGAUGAUGAUACUCUUCUAGUUUUGCCGGAUUGUGCUCAUUUCUACCAUGUCAACUGUGGUUUCCGGUGGCUUCGAUUGCAUCCCACGUGUCCGGUGUGUCGGAAGUUGGCUAAUCCAACUUCUUCGGUUGAACUAGUUUCUCAUCAUCAUCAAGAUGAUGAUCAUGUCGUUUACCUUUGAUUUGUUCCUGUUAAUAAUUUCUUUGAUUAAUAUUAUUAUUUUUUUCUUGGUGGGGAUGAAUAUGACAAACUUGUUUAAUUAUUAAUCUGUUAGUUUUACUCCUUGUUCUCAAAAAAAGUAGGUGAAAAUAGAAAUUAAUUUGGAAAGGGAACCAUUAUCCUAAAAUAUAUGUAUAUUUUUUUUAUUUUCUCUCUUAUCCACAUGAUUUAUCAUUUUUUUUUAAGUGAGUUGGUAUUACGUUUUUUCUUUUAAUAAUGCCACAUGGCUUAUAGCUCAACCAAGAGAGAUGGAAAAUCCUCUACCAUAAUAAGUUCUGUGCCCAUCAGAAAAGUAUUGAGGACGCUCUUGAAAAACUGCAAUUAUUCAAAAUAACAUGUAAUGUUGUAACCGUAUGCUUGCAAAUUGGGUGCAUUAUAGGGCCCGGAUCUGGCUCAGGUGGGCUAUGUCGGCUCCCACACUUUGAAAUGGCCUCAAUUUUGUAAAAAUACUAUAUUAUGUUUAAUGUUUUAUGACACUAUCAUAUAUAUUUUGCAUAGGCCUUCUCAAAGA